GAUAUUCAGGUCUGGGGCUGCCAGCGAGGAGAAGGGUCCCUUUGUAAGUGUGACCUAGCUUCUGCCAGACAGAGCUGUGCCCAGUGGGUCUCCAGCACUGGCUGGCCCAGGGAGGGGCUCCCCCAGCCCAGCCCACCCUGAGAGUGUUAGCUGGAGAACAAAGCACCAGAUUGAGGCCUGCGGGGCCUAUCAAAUGGUGGGCUUUCAGGCUGCGGGGGAGUGGGACGAAAGAGUAGGCACUGGGCCUCCUGGGGUUGUCGGCUGAGCUGCAAGUCCUUCUGGGCCGGAGUCUUCAUUAUUCUGUUUCUGGGUAGGUAAUGCCCUACGGAAGGGUCUGCAGGGGAAACUCAGUCUGCCCCGCUCCUCCCGCGUUUCCUGCGGAUCCUCCCGGAGGUUGUCUGGGCACGUAAAGCACAUGGGGGUUCAGUCCUUUAUUUUUAGGGAUGAAGCCUGGUGCCCGGCGGUGUGCACCUGUGGUUUCACUUCCCUUCACAAUCUGUCCCAGAGAACAUCCUGUACCGGACCCUCUGGAGCUGCCUGGUCCUUUGUGUCUGCUCCUGGUCCCACCGCAUUUCAUCACACGGGUGUCACAUCCUUUCCCCGGGCCCCGGGCGGACGUGCGGGCCGGUGCUCAUAUUUUGCUGUGGCGAGGAGCACCGCAGAACCUCCUGGUUCCGAGGCGUGAGGAUGUGGGGGAUCGGGCCCUGGAAGAGGGAAGCCUGGUGACAGGCGUGGGGGUUAACACGUCGCAUGUGGGCAGGUUUGCCAAGCCGUCUUCUAAAGUGUCCACGAGGUUUCUACCCCCAGCGGCAAGUCUGUGAGUUCUCACUGCCUCGCCCCACACGGCUGUCGGCGGGGCAUUUGAUCUCUGACACCCAGACGGUGGCGGUGGUCUAUGGCUGAGAUUGUGUGUGAGGGCGGCCGGGAACAGGCAGGGCCCUCAGUGCCCAGGAGGCCUCGGGCCGGAUGAUGACGGGUGGGAGCCAGGACCUUGGAGCAUGGGUGAGCGCCAGACCCCCUCCUGGGGGAUGGGGGAGGUGGCAGGGGUGACAGUCAUCCUCCUCACUGUGCCCUCAGCCAGUGGCCUCUGGGUGCCUGCUCCUCAGCACCAGCACCCAGGCGAGCCUGUGGGCCCUCCGUGCGAUCAGGAUCUGGCUGGGGAAUAUCUCUCAAAGCUGCAGUCCCGGAAACCCACCCGCACACCCUCAGCCAAGACCGAGAACCAGGAAUGCUUGACCGGUGCGGUGGUUUCGCCCUGCACCCGGCAAGAGGCAAGGAAAGUGUCUGUGUGUCCCUCUGCUCUGAGGUCCCCUCCGCGUGAAGGUCCUAAGACCCAUCCUACCCCUCCCCACCAGCCUGCGAGACACGGAGGCCAGUUGUCCAGAAUCGAGGCCAUGCCCUGGAGCACCCCUGGCCUUUGGCGCCCGAGCCAGCAUCAGAAUGACUGAGCAGCCUCUGUGGCCUCUUGUGGGCGUCAGGGUGGUGUGGGCAGGACUGCACUGGACGCCUGUGGUCUGAGCCCGGGAGUGUGGACUCGGACUCAGUGGGCGAGCCAACCCACCCGGUGGCUUAGGACGCGUCAUUUCCCUUUCAUGUGGGCUCUUGGCACAGUGGGGGUUCUGGAACCAGCCCUCGGGUGUGGAUCCCAGGCUGCUGCUUACCAGCCUGUACCCUGAGUGCCAAGCCUCGGUCUCCCCAUCUGUGCAACGAGAGCUGCCGCCUCUGGAUUGCUGCAGCAGCGUCUGGCAGGAAGUGAGCUGCCUUCCCGUUCCAAGGGGGAGGAAUGGGGAGAAGGCUGGAGAGGAUGGGGGUUCGGCAGGGUGCUCUGGGAUGCAGUGCUUUCCUGCGGGACUUCAAGGGUGCUGUGAGCAUACGUGAUAUUUGCUUCUUCAUUAAUGCUCUGAGCUUCCGUGGAGAUGCUCCGGGUGCAGGGUCUGUGCCGUGCACGUGAAGGGUAACGGACACGUCUGUCCCGCCUCCCAUUAGCUGAGAGCCUGCUGGGUCACUCCUGAGCACUGUCCAGCUCUCAGAAGGGAUGGGACAGAGUGGUCUGGGCAGGAUGCAGAGCCUGGCUUCCUCACAUGCAUAGAAUCAACCCCCUCCUCUUACCCAGGGGCCCUCCUACUUCUCCUAUCCCUUCCUCCUGUACCCCAGUCCCACCAGCUCCUUUCUGCUCCCUGGACUUCCCAGGCUGCUUCCUGCCCCAGGGCCUUUGCACUUGCCGUUCCCAUGGCUCAUCACCUGGCCAGCUCCUUCUCAUCUUUCAGGUCUUGGCCCAAUGUCACCCCCAGGGACAUCUUCCCUGAGCACCCAGUUAAGGAACCCCUCCACCCAGUCUCUCACUUCCCUCAUGGCGCAGCAGUUAAGGGAAUAGGCCUUGAAGCCAGACAGCCCGGGUGUGAAUCCCAGCUCUGCCCCGUACUGGCUGUGUGACCAUGGGAGUGGCUGAGCAGGUUCGGCUACCUGCCCCCGGCGGACCCCACAACAGGACAGCUGCAGACACAGGAGGAGCUGUCCAAGGCCGUCGCUGCCAUGCAGCAGUUCGGAGGCCUGGAGGCCACUGGCUUCCUGGAUGAGGCCACCCUGGCCCUGAUGAAGACCCCUCGCUGUUCCCUCCCGGACCUCCCGGCCGCGGCCGUGUCUCGAAGGAGGCGCCAGGCUCCGGCCCCGACCCGGUGGAACAAGAGGAACCUGUCGUGGAGGGUCCGCACCUUCCCGCGGGACUCGCCCCUGGGCCGCGACACGGUGCGCGCGCUCAUGCACUAUGCCCUCAAAGUCUGGAGUGACAUCGCACCCCUGGACUUCCACGAGGUGGCCGGCAGCGCCGCCGACAUCCAGAUCGACUUCUCCACGGCCGACCACAACGACCGCUACCCCUUUGACGGCCCUGGAGGCACCGUGGCCCACGCCUUCUUCCCGGGCGAACACCACACCGCAGGGGACGCCCACUUCGACGACGACGAGGAGUGGACCUUCCGCUCCGCAGAUGCCCAUGGCAUGGACCUGUUCGCGGUGGCCGUCCACGAGUUUGGCCAUGCCAUCGGGCUGAGCCACGUGGCGGCCACGAGCUCCAUCAUGCAGCCCUACUACCAGGGCCCGGUCGGCGACCCGCUGCGCUACAGGCUCCCCUACGAGGACAGGGUGCGCGUCUGGCAGUUGUAUGGCGUGCGGGAGUCCGUGUCCCCCACGGCACAGCCGGAUACCCCGGAGCCUGAGGAGCCUCCCCUCCUGCCAGAGCCCCCCGACAAUCGGUCCAGCACCCCGCCCAGGAAGGAUGUGCCCCACAGGUGCAGCACUCACUUUGACGCAGUGGCCCAGAUCCGAGGCGAGGCCUUCUUCUUCAAAGGCAAGUACUUCUGGCGGCUGACCCGGGACCGGCACCUGGUGUCUCUGCAGCCGGCGCAGAUGCACCGCUUCUGGCGGGGCCUGCCGCUGCGUCUGGACAGCGUGGACGCCGUCUAUGAGCGAACCAGGGACCACAAGAUCGUCUUCUUCAAAGGAGACAGAUACUGGGUGUUUAAGGACAAUAACGUAGAGGAAGGAUACCCGCGGCCCGUCUCCGACUUUGGCCUCCCGCCGGGCGGCGUCGAUGCCGCCUUCUCCUGGGCCCACAAUGACAAGACUUAUUUCUUUAAGGACCAGCUGUACUGGCGCUACGAUGAGCACAUGCGGCGCAUGGACCCCGGCCACCCCGCCCAGAGCCCCCCGUGGAGGGGCAUCCCCAGCACGCUCGACGACGCCAUGCGCUGGUCAGACGGCGCCGCGUACUUCUUCCGCGGCAAGGAGUACUGGAGGGUGCUGGACAGCGAGCUGGAGGUGGCGCCCGGGUACCCAAGGUCCACCGCCCAGGACUGGCUGGUCUGCAGAGAGUCGCAGGCUGACGCCGAGGGCGCGGGCGCGGAUGGGGAGGCGGGGACCCACGCCCGGCCGGGACAGCACGACCGGAGCCGCCAGAACGGCUACGAGGUCUGCUCCUGCACCUCCCUCGCCUCCCCUGCCCCCGGGGCCUCCGGCCCACUGCUGGCCGUCAUGCUGCUGCUGUCGCCCCGUCUGCUGUGGACAGUGGCCCAGGCCCUGGCGCUAUGACAGCCUGCGCCGGCCCAGGAGAGGACAGACCCUGCGAGGGGACAGACGGGCGAGACAGCCCAGGGCCGCAAAGCCAGGGACUAGGGCCCCCGCCCUCCAGCGCCCGGGGCAGGAGGUCCUGGAGAGCAGUGACGCUCACAGCCUUGGGGACCCGGCCACUACCAGCCGCUGAGCAAAGCCCGCCUGGCCCAGCCUCCUGGCCUGGGACGCAGCCAGCAGAGGGCGCUGCUCCUCGGGCAGGUCGGCCGUGCCGGCUGCGGGACAGACGCAGGAGACCCACCGCCCUUUCUUUUCUCCUCUGCCCGUGGCCUGUGAGUUGGGGCAGCUCCAUCCAGGCCGGGGUUGGGGCCAGGGAGCUGUCCUUCCAGCGACUGGACCACACGGAACUUCGCUGACGGGCCGAGGGUGGGCAGGGCUGGAGGACGUUUAGUCGGGCCAGGCCAGGCCAGCUGAACAGCUACAGCUCCCGGCCGGCAUCGCCAGCCCCAUCGCGCGUCCACGCUGCUGCCCACCCUGGUCCCCCGGUCCUGUGGGCUGCUGGUUGCCUUGCGCAGCCCCCAACACCCAGACGAGCCCCCCCCCGAGCUGGGGCGCAGCCAGUCUCCCCUUGUGAUGCGUUCAGACAAACACGACCUCUCCCUGCUUCC